UUGAAAAUUGUUCAGGGCCAACUUGACCCUCUGCCCUAUCAUUAAUAGGUUUUAUGGGGAUAAAGGGCUUGGCCCAAAACUAAGGGGCAUCUAAAUGGGCUGAAUGGUUGUUGCUACUAUGAUACGCUUUCAACUUGAAAGGGCGAUAGCUUCCGGACUUGAUUUUCUUCUCUGCAUCUUCUUCUUCUCGCAGUUGUCAAAAUCGGUGCUUUUGUUAACUGAGAGCUCAGUGUCCUCCAAAAUGCUAGCUCGUCUCGCUGCCACUCGUCUCCGUGAGAUCCGUCAAGUUUUCGGUCAAUCCUCUCAGAUAUCUCGAUCUUUCUCCACUGCCCUAAACUACCAUAUUGAUUCCCCGGAUAACAAUCCAAACAUUCCAUGGGAGUUCUCUGAGAAAAACAAGGAGAAGGUUAAAGAGAUAAUAUCUCACUAUCCAUCCAACUAUAAGCAAUCAGCAGUUAUUCCUCUGUUAGAUCUUGCUCAGCAGCAGCAUGGAGGAUGGCUUCCUGUCUCUGCAAUGGAUGCUGUAGCUAAGGUUAUUGAAGUUGCUCCUAUUCGCGUGUAUGAAGUUGCAACGUUUUAUUCUAUGUUCAAUCGGUCACCGGUGGGAAAAUACCACCUAUUGGUUUGUGGCACAACACCUUGUAUGAUACGUGGUUCACGAGAAAUUGAAGAUGCAUUACUGAAACACUUGGGAGUGAAGCGCAAUGAAGUAACAAAGGAUGGUCUUUUCUCUGUUGGAGAAAUGGAAUGUAUGGGAUGUUGUGUAAAUGCUCCCAUGAUUACUGUUGCUGAUUAUUCCAAUGGAUCCGAAGGAUACACUUACAAUUACUAUGAAGAUGUUACUCCAAAAAGAGUUGUUGAGAUAGUUGACAUGUUAAGAAGGGGGGAGAAGCCACCGCAUGGCACACAAAAUCCAAAACGCAUCAAGUCUGGGCCAGAAGGAGGCAAUACUACUCUAAAUGGCGAACCAAAACCUCCUCCAUGCCGGGAUCUUGAUGCCUGCUAAAGUCAUGGUAAAUGUUGUCUCCAAUAAAGCAAAGCUUGGAUGUCUUCAGACUUCGCCGUGUCAUCCAUGUUGUUUAUCUUAAGCUUUUCCAUUAUUUGUAUUUGCCUGCCAGCAACGGUUCUGGCAGAUGUACAACUUCAUAAUCAAGUUAUGAAAUGGCUUACCAGUUCCUUGA